AUGUGGUCUUCAGGUUCUCAUUUCACUUCGACAUUGUUUGGUCUGGCGCUCUCGCUCAACGCUGUCUCGGCCCAAAUUCCCCAGGAACCGACCGAUCUCAAAACCAUUACGGCCCCCAAUGGAGCCACGAUCCGCUACAAGGAACCUGGAAAGUCCGGUAUCUGUGAAACCACGGAAGGUGUAAAUUCGUACUCUGGCUUCAUCGACACCUCUGCCGACAGCCACACCUUCUUCUGGUUCUUCGAGUCCAGAAAUGACCCCGAAAAUGAUCCCGUUACCGUGUGGAUUAACGGUGGACCUGGCUCCGACUCGCUCGUUGGAGCAUUCGUUGGAAUCGGCCCAUGCAACCUCAACGAGGAUGGCACCACAGAGAUUAACCCAUUAAGCUUCAACAACGUCUCCAAUGUGCUUUACAUCUCGCAACCCAUCGGCACCGGCUUCUCCUACGCAGACCUUCAGGAGGGGUCUCUUGAUGAGAACACAGGCGAAUUCCUCAGUGCGGAUAUGGCCAACGUGACGGGCGUCUGGUCAGUUAUCAACGAGACGACUGCCAUCACCACCAGCGAAGAUGCUGCAAUCGCUGCCUGGGAUAUUGUCCAAGGGUUUUACAGCGCGCUACCGACCUUGGAUCCCAAGAUCAAAUCAAAGGAGUUUCACCUUUGGACUGUGAGCUGGGGACCCGCCAUCAUGAAGCACUUCAAAGACCAAAACGACGAGAUCGCCGCCGGCAACCUCGACGGCAUCUCGCUCGACCUCAAGUCCCUCGGCAUCGGCAACGGCUACAUCGACACCAUCACCCAAGGCCCCUUCUUCCCGGAGUACGCCACCAACAACCCGUACAACAUCACCGCCUACAACGCCACCAUCCGCGCCUACGCCGAGCUCUCCCUCUCCCUCCCCGGCACCGGCUGCAUCGACCAGGCCAGCACCUGCCGCGCUUUGCAGGCCGCCCUCCCGCGCAACGCCAUCCGCGACGCCGUCUGCGCCGAGGCCUGGGCCAUGUGCUUCGAUGGCGUCGAGGGGCCGUACCGGGCGGUGUCCGGGCGCGACCGGUUCGACAUCCGCGUGAGCGAGGAGGAUUCGGUGCUCGGCGCGUUCGAGCCGCUGCUGGCGGCGUGGCUCAACACGGGCGAGGUGCAGGACGCGAUUGGCGUCGCGAGUAACUAUACGCCGGAGAGCGUGCCGGUGCAGUAUGCGUUUUUUCAGACCGGGGAUGGGGUGUUGGGCGGGUUUCAGGAGGCGUUGGGGGAGUUGGCGGAUGCGGGGGUGAGUGUGCUGCUGUUUAAUGGGGAUGCGGAUUAUGCGUGUAAUUGGUUGGGUGGAGAGGCGGUUUCCCUCGCUGUGAACUACACCGGCGCGGAGGACUUUGCCGCAACCGAGUACGAGUCGUUCGUGGUUAGCGGAGAGGAGUACGGUAAGGGCAGGCAGUUUGGUAAUUUGGCAUUCCUGCGCGUCUACGAGGCGGGGCAUUUUGUUCAGCUGUACCAGCCGUUGGCUAUGUUUGAAUUCUUCAACAGGACGAUUCAUGGGCUGGAUAUAGCUACGGGGCUGGAGGCUGUAUCUGUAUAG